CCGUUGUAGUAGGCCCAGGCUCCCAGCCUCCUAGGCAUUCUAAUUCUACCAUUCUGAGGUCUGAUGAUAAAGGAGGAAGACGUGGGAAGUGGACGACCGCAACAUAUCUCUCUCUCUAUUCUCUUCCCGUUACUGUUAUUGGAAACUCAGGGAGUCAGUCAGUCGGUUAAUGGGUUAUGGUGCGGAGAGACGUUAGAGGAUUCUUUGCAGUCAUCAAGACUAUAUUUUUGACAUGUCCUCAAAUUGAGCGGAAAGGGGAAAUUUGGUGAAGAGAUCCAUCACUGUCCUUGCCUUACCUUUAAUUGGCCUUGACCCUCGAGCUCCUCUGUUUUCUUGGGGUCAUUUCUCUUCUGCUACGGUACAAACAUGGCGACCACUGUGAGAAUGGCUCUAUUGUGCCUCCGACAAACCCUUAACUCGACGGUCGCUCCGAAUUGCCGGGCUUCAAUUCCAAUCUCUUCUCUGAGAUCUCACUUGGGUUCGGUUUCUCGGUUUUCUUCUAAUACCCAAUCGUUCGAUAUUGAUCUUUCCAACGAAGAAAACAAAAGGCGCAUCUUUAACAGAUUGGUGUAUCGAAGCAGACAACGUGGGUUUCUUGAAUUGGAUUUGGUUUUGGGGAGCUGGGUGGAGCAGCAUGUUUCCUCAAUGGAUGAGACUCGAAUCAAAGCCCUUGCGGAUGUUCUCGACCUGGAAAGCCCCGAUUUAUGGAAAUGGCUUUCUGGACAGGAGCAACCACCUGAGGCAGUGAACAGCAAUCCGGUAUUUCGUGCAGUUCAUGACAAAGUUAUGAACAACCUUAACAGCCAUUCUGCCCCCGAGACGAGGGCAUUACCCGGGGAACCGUGGGUAAGAGGAUGGGAUGAUAUGAAGAGAGGUCGGGACAGCCCCAUUUCCGGAAACCAGUAAUCUUUGGUUUACCUUGAAAAUAGAAGGUGUAAGGAAUUAUUGUUUGCCACUAGUAAAUAAUAAAAGGAAGCUUUCCUAAACACAAUGCAAAUAGUUAAAUCUGUGGUGGAAAUAUAGAGGAUAAGUUAUGUAAAAGGAUUGUAAUAGAUCUAGCACCCUAGGUUGAAUAUCUGUGCAUUGGUUCAAAGCUUAUAUCGACCAACCAUGACAGUUGUGCUACAUAUUGAAGGUUGAAGUUUCUGAGAAUGUAAGAUCUCUGUUUUCUGAUGAAUAAGAAUGUAAGGUACGGUUUGAUCUA